AUGAUGAUGUGCCGUCUGCUGUGCGCCCUGUUGGUGCUUGCCCUGUGCUGCUGCUGCUCGUCCGUGUGCGUGGCAGACGCUCAGUCUGUGCCUGAAGGGUCUUCCAAUACGACCACGACGACGACCACAACAAAACCACCGACUACGACCACCACCACCACAACAAAACCACCAACUACAACCACCACGACCACAACACAGGCACCAACCACGACGACCACUACUACAACAGAGGCACCAAGCACUACGACUACAGAGGCGCCAGCUGUGUCGACCACCAGCGCACCGUCACGUCUUCGCAGAAUCGACGGCAGCCUCAGCAGCUCUGCGUGGGUGUGUGCCCCGCUGGUGCUUGCCGCAUCCGCGCUGGCGUACACCGCUGUGGGCUGA